CAAAUUAACCUAGUUAUGAUUUGUUUUCUCUUCAUUUUUAAAGGUAUUUUCAAAAGAAAUAAUUCCAGACUGAUGGAUGAAAUUUUAAAACAACAGCAGGAACUUCUGGGCCUAGAUUGUUCCAAAUACUCACCAGAGUUUGCAAAUAGUAAUGACAAAGAUGAUCAAGUUUUAAAUUGCCACUUGGCAGUGAAGGUGCUGUCCCCAGAAGAUGGGAAAGCCGACAUUGUGCGAGCUGCUCAGGACUUCUGCCGGCUGGUUGCCCGGCAGCAGCAGAGGCCUGAGGACCUGGACGUGGACAUGUUGGACAGUUUGAUUAGUUCCAAUCAUUUCCCUGAUCCUGAUUUAAUAUUGAAGUUUGGUCCUGUGGACAGCACAUUAGGCUUUCUUCCCUGGCAAAUCAGACUGACUGAGAUUGUCUCUUUGCCUUCCCACCUAAACAUCAGUUAUGAGGACUUUUUCUCUGCCCUCCGCCAGUACGCAGCCUGUGAGCAGCGCAUGGGGAAGUAGUGAUCCCUGGUUGCUACUUUCAGGCUUUGGGAGAAGAGGACCUGGGGGACUCUGAUGUUUACAGACACCUGCGAAACGCUGUAUACACCUAGUUCAUAUUCCUCAUAAUUUAUCAGCAAACACAAAAAAGUGUCUUACUUGAGAUGAGUGUGUGUAUGCGCGUCUGCGUGCGUGUGUGCGUGCGUGUGUGUGUGUGUGUGUGUGUGUGUGUUUGUGUAAGGAAGUAAACUUAUAAAUGGGGGAUGUAUUGGAGAACAGUACAUAAACCUACACCUUGGAGGAAUCGCCACCGUCUUCGGAGCUGAGAUUUCAGAUUGGAAGUAUUCAGGCCCUGCCACUUCCCUGUUUUUGUGGGGAGUAGAGGGAUGGAUCAGAGCUGUUUUGAUUGUUGUUUGUGGGGGAAGGGAAUAAUUUUGUUGAGUCUUUCCUGGUGACCAAACUUUAAUUUUCAAGAGUAGUAUAUGGACUUAAUAAAUGGAAGUCUUCUCGUUUGACUGCGUUUCCCACGAGUGGAGUUGGGACCACCCAGGUUCACACGUGCCUCCGUGAUCAUUUCGGACUUCACUGUAGUCAGUGCAAUUUGAGAAUGUCUCUCAGGGGUCUUUGGGCUGUGAAGAACAUUUGAAGAAAGAGCUCUUUACUAUACUGAAAUGCAGAGUUGUAAAAAUUUAAAUAUUGAAUUAGGCAGUGAAAACCAAAAAUGAGUAAAUUGUAAUAGUAAAAGUAAAGGUGAAACUUUUCCUUAAAAAAGGAAACUUUUAAUUCCUUUUUUUGUUCGGUGCGUUGUGUGCUAUAUAGCAUCCAAAGUUAGUAAAAUAUUUUCAUUAACUGCUCUGAGCAUUUAAAAGAAUUUGGAAUAGCACUUUCUCCAAAAAUCAACUUGUUUCUCAUUGGGAUAACACCUGGAGUUUAUUCAUCAAACCCUUGUUGAGACUUUGCAUAAAAGAUGAAGGAAGAUUGAGGCCUAUGUGGGAAAUAAAAUAUUAACCAAAGUCUGCAAAAAUAAGUUAAUAUUCUCUUUUGUGACAGAGAACAGCUCUGGUUCUGUUACUUUAUAAAUGAAUCAGUCACUUCUUGGGAGGUGUUUAGUGUAUUUUCCCUCACUGCUGACCCUGGGACAGACACGUUCUUCAUAUUUGAUGGACUGUUUUCAGAUUGCUGUCGUAUCGCAAACCUCGCCAUCCAGAACCAUACACUGAGAGUGGAGUAGCCUGCGUACUCAGAAGUCUGAAAAGUAGCAGACAAAACUGGAUUCGGAAAAUAUGGUUUGGAAUUGCUUGUCAGAUUCUAAAGCGGUGAAGAAUAAAUGUUUCAAUUUUGGAUUAAAACCAUUUAUGAUUUUAAAACUACACUUGAAAUAAAAAUGAUUAAACUAAAUUUUGGUCCAGUGACAUUACUUUGCACUUCAUAGUUUGUAAUUUUUUAAGUCUUUAAUUUAUUUCCACAUUUUGUGUGAAGCUACAGCAUAUCCAAACUAUUAGAAACUUCCCGUUUCUGUUGUACUUAGCAGUUACAUCCCGUUAUUUU